ACAUAUAUAUAUAGCAAGGUGAUAUUUAUAAUAUAUAACUAAUUGCUUCUAAUACUUACAUUUAGUCAAGCUAAGCUUAUAGAUCAACAUGAGAGUAAUGAAGCUGUACAAAACGCUUUUCUUCUUUUCGUUGCUCAAUGCCUUUGCUGUAGUACUUAUUGUUCAUGCACAAGAGGGCCAAUCAGGCUUUAUCAGCUUAGAUUGUGGUCUGCCAUUGAACUCCAACUAUACAGAGCCAACAACAGAGCUUAAAUAUAUCUCAGACGUACCUUUCAUCACAACAGGUUCAAGUCACAGCAUAGCACCCGAAUACAAAACCGGUGUUCAAGAACAAGUGAAAAAUCUUAGAAGCUUUCCAGAAGGAAUUAGAAACUGCUACAGAGUAAAUGUCACAAAAGGAACUAGAUACUUAAUCAGAGCAACAUUUUUUCAUGGGAAUUACGACAACCAAAAUACAGCACCAGAAUUCGAUCUCCAUCUAGGAGUUAACUUAUGGACCAAAGUGACAUUUAUCAACGUGUCUAUAAGUUCUAUCCGUGAGAUCAUUCAUCUUGCAUCACGAGACUUCCUCCACGUUUGUCUUGUAAAUAUUGGAUCAGGAACUCCAUUCAUUUCAGCUUUGGAGUUUAGGCCUUUCAGUAGUAACAUUUACAAUUACACUGCUACGUCUGGAUAUUCUGAGUCUUUGGCACUACUCUUUCGCUUAGAUAUUGGCUCAACCACUGAUCUAGCAUACAGGUACCCUUAUGAUUUCUACGACCGAAGUUGGUUACCCUAUAAUGGAAAGGGAUGGACUGUAAUUAGUACAACGAAAUAUCCUCAAAGCCAGAGAUACUACCGGCCACCAGCUAUUGUGAUGAGCACGGCUGCAACGCCCAUCAACGAAAGCGAUCCAUUGGAAUUUUCUGUGUUUUCCCCUAACCAGAAUGCUGAUUUAUAUUUUUAUAUGUACUUCACUGAAACUCAAUUACUCCAACCUAAUCAAUCAAGAUUAUUCAAUGUUAUUGUUAAUGGAGAGCUCUGGUUUGAAGAUAUUGCUCCUCUCUACCGAAACACGACCACCAUAUUUAGCACUUCAGGCAAUUCUGGUUUUAGUCAAUACAAUUUUUCACUUGUUAAGCUUCAAAAUUCAACUCUGCCUCCUAUUUUGAAUGCCUUUGAAGUCUUCUACUCUGUCGAUGUUUCACACUUAGAGACAGACAUAAAUGAUGUGAAUACAAUCACCAAUGUAAAGUCAACUUACGGAGUAAAGAGAAAUUGGGACGGAGACCCUUGUGCCCCUGUGGAAUACUCGUGGAGUGGCCUAAAUUGUAGCUACAAUGAUUUUGAUCCUCCAAUGAUUAUAUCCUUGAACUUGUCAUCGAGUGGAUUGACUGGCAAUGUAACUACACACAUAUCAAAACUCUCUAGGAUUCAAUCUCUGGAUUUGUCUAACAAUAAUUUAACUGGACCGGUUCCUGAAUUUUUGACACGAUUGCCAAACUUAAGGGUUCUAAACUUGAGAAGAAACAAUCUCACAGGUUCAAUUCCAAUUAAGCUUAUUGAAAAGUCAAAUCGUGGUUUGCUAUCAUUAAGCGUGGGAGAAAAUCCUCAUCUAUGUGUCUCAUCUAAGUGUGAGAAUACGGAGAAGAGAAAGAGGAGUAUUGUUCCAAUUUUAGCAUCAGUACUUGGUGGUUUGGUUGUGACUUUGUUAAUAGCAGUGGCUGUUUUUGUUGGCUUGAAAAUGAAAAAGACCCAAGAUCCCAGUGCUCAAAAGAAUGCAUUUGAAUCCUCAAAACGACAGUUUAGUUACUCUGAGAUCAUAAGAAUUACAAACAAUUUUGAGCGAGUUCUUGGAAAAGGGGGAUUUGGAACCGUUUACCAUGGCUUGAUAGAUGAGAAUACUCAAGUAGCUGUGAAAGUGCUUUCUUCUACUUCCGUUCAAGGUUAUCAGCAAUUUCAAGCAGAGGUUCAACUUCUUAUGAAAGUUUAUCACAGAAACUUGACUAGCCUUGUUGGUUAUUGCAACGAAGGGGACGAAAUGGCACUUAUCUAUGAAUAUAUGGCCAAUGGAGACUUAAGCUCACAUCUUUCAGGCGAUAGUAACACAAAUGUCUUGAGUUGGGAAGGUAGGAUUAGGAUUGCAAUGGAUGCUGCACAAGGGUUGGAGUACAUGCACUUUGGUUGUAAGCCACCUAUAGUCCAUCGAGAUGUGAAGACGACAAACAUCUUGUUGACUGAGAAUUUUCAAGCGAAACUUGCUGAUUUUGGUCUCUCAAGGGUUUUCCCCACUGAUACAGGCACUCAUGUUUCUACAGUUGUUGCUGGUACUCCUGGAUACCUUGAUCCUGCGUAUCACAUAACAAAUAGAUUAAAUGAGACGAGUGACAUUUAUAGUUAUGGAGUUGUUUUGUUAGAGAUAAUCACAAAUCAACCGGCCAUAAUUAAAGUAAAUGAGAGUACUGAUGAUGAAAGGAUUCACAUAAGCCGAUGGGUUAGCUCUACCAUCGAUAACGGUGCAAUUACAAGUAUUGUUGAUCCAAGGCUGCAGGGAGGCUUUGAUAAUAACUCUGCAUGGAAAGCUGUUGAAAUAGGAAUGGCUUGUGUAUCUCCAACACCAAGAAAAAGGCCAAACAUGAGUGAGGUCGUGAAUGGACUUAAAGAAUGUUUGGCAAUGGAGCUUGCUCGAAAUAACCAUGGCCGACUGACUAAUUCCUCUUUAGACGUGUCUACCGAAAUUAGUCCAUUGGCUAGGUAGAGAAGUACAAAAACAUACAUCUCAAUUGCUGUUUCAUAUAUUUCUUUGAAAAUUUUGUUUAACGAGUUGAAUUUACUCGAUUGUGUUGCAUCUUAUCUAUCAAUAAUAAUGACUUUACAUAUACAAUUCACAUGCUA